ACAAGACCCAAGAUCAAAGUGUUGUUGUUGAACCCCAACUCCACCGAGAUCAUGACAUCGAAUUGCCUCUCUAUGGCCUCAAAGUUUUUGGCACCAGAUGUUGCCCUGUAUGGAUACACAGCCAAACAACCUGCGCCAUCAACUGUUGAAUGCCAUUUGGAUGGUGUGCUAUCUGCAGCUGACACUUUUAGAGACAGCUACGAUUACGUCCAACAGGUCGACGCGGUCCUUGUUGCGUGCUUCUCUGACCAUCCUUUGACCAAUUGUCUACGUGAAGAGUUCAAUGUACCUAUUUGUGGAAUCUUUGAGGCUGGAAUAUACACAGCUAGAAUGUUGGGUGGUAAGUUUGGUGUUAUCACCACCGUGGCACGGUCAUCGAUAAGACACGGUAUCGCAAUCAGAUCUAUGGGUCUCGAUGGAUACUGUGCAGGGCUAGAGAGCACAAAUUUGAAAGUAGCCGAGCUCCACACCAAGCCUAGAGAAGAGGUCUUGUUCCUCAUGUCCAAAGUCGCGGUGAAGCUUGUCGUUGAAAGAGGUGCUGAUACAAUUGUACUUGGAUGUGCCGGUAUGGCUGAUAUGCAGAUUGCAGUAACCAAUGCCGUUAGAGACUACGGAGUACAAGUCAUUGAUGGGGUUUCUACAGGUGUUAAUCUCCUCACCGGUAUGGUGCGUAGUGGUUUGAAGACUUCUAAGGCUGGCUUGUUCUCUAGCAGUAGAGAAUCGCGGCUAUCAAGAGGUCAAGAUUAUGUCUAAUUAUGCAAUUCAGCUAUAUAUGAUUUGAUUGGAACGGCCAAUCGGAGUUUUCGAGGGCAUUUCUCCGAUUCCGCUUAUAGGCG